CUUUACGCACUCGGUGGCAAGCGGACCAGCGACAAGAACAGAAGCACUAUGGGGUAUAUAGUGCUUCUGUUCUCCGGUUUCAGGCCGCAUGGGCCGCUUCGCGGCCCCAUCCUGCCCAAACCUGCGGGCUGAGUUGUCUUAUAUUCCUGAACCCUGUUCCUAUACCUAUUCCGGCUUCUAACAAAGUCAGUGAUGCAUUCAUAAAUAAUACAUUGAACCAUUUGAUUUUGAUGUCAAACAUGUAGAGGCGAACCAUGGUGGACUCUAGGUUGGAGGGCGCUGACAGCGCAAGUAAUUACUUGAAACUUAGAGAUGCUAUUCGAGCGCUGGCCAAGCUCGAGAGGGAGCGGCUGCAAUUGCAAGUGCGUUUAAGCUCCAUGCCGGCCGACUCCCGAGAGGCGCAGGCCGCACGGCUCGCGCUAGAAAGAUUGAAUAGUCUUGCUGCGGCCCGCGAGGAGUACAAGGCUUGGGUCCUACGGCAGUUGCAUUUGGGGGAGGAGCUGCCAACUGCGGCGGCGCGAGGUGCCGACACCAGCAAACCAGACAUGGAGCCACAACACGACAAGCUUUCCGAGAAGGAGCUGAACAGGCAGGCUAGCCUGACAACAUACCGGCGCUAUCAGUUCGCGUCCUUCAAGGACUUCCUGCAGGAGUUCCAGCCGCCGUCAUGGAAACCGUCGUCAUGCGGCUCAUUGCAGUCCACGGAGAAGGAUGUUCCGCCACCGUCCAAAGUACUGGAUUGGCAAACUUUUGAGCUGGAGUGUCAGGAGCUGAUGGAUAAGAUCACGGAGAGCGGCCCGGCCAUUGACGUUACGGUGUUGGCGUCGCCCUCUGCUGCGGUAGAUUGUGAGGCGACGCUGCAGGAUGAGCUGCUGUGGUGCUUCCUGAAGCCGCUGCAAGUAGCGGCCUCCGCUGUGGACAACUUCUUCGUGUGCGGCCGCAUGCAGCGUGACGUGGUGGGCCUGCCUGCCAACUCAGGACGCCCGGAUUUCCUGAUUCUGUCGGACGACAGCAAGACCCUGCUAGUGGCGGUGGAGGUGAAGACAUCAGCUGCGCUCUGGGUGCCUCACGGCAGCAGCUUGCCAGAUGCGUACGCCGCCGCGAACAAGAAGAGCAACAUUGUGAAGGCCGUCCUCCAGCUGUACAGCUACCUUGACCGCGUGCCGUACGGUGUGCUGCUGACAGACAAGCAGCUCUUCUGCAUGCGGCGUGAGCACACCGAGCUGCUGUGCAGCCCCAGCAUUCCGAUGACACAUCAGGGCGAGGCGGCAGGUGGUUCUGGGGCGGGCUCGCUGACCGCUGCGGCAGCGGUGUACUGCAUCGCGAAGAUGUCCCAGACAUGGUGGAUGCAGCGCCAGCCGCAGCCCAGUGGCAGCCCAGGCGGUAGGGGUCGUGGGUGUGACACAGCAGGCAACCGCUGGUGGAGAUCCAUACUCCAAGGGUUCACCGCAUGGCUGGCUGGGUCAAGUACAAUCAUGGGUGCAGCCGUGGCAGCUGCUGCCGCAUCCGAGCCCGUGGCACCCCCGCCGGCAGUCGUCACGGAAAGCAGGUGCACCUCCAGCCAGCUGUUUCCGGGCUACAGGCCGGACCCGCAGGUUCCGGGGCACACGCCCCGGUGCCUGGGAGACUCAAGCUUGGGCGUCGUGCUGCAGGGGGUGCUUGGCGGCCUGCCGGCAGCCGUGAAGCUGGUGGACCUGUGGCAGCAGCUGGAGGGCAGGGAGUUGCUGCAGCAUGAGGUUGGUAUUUACGGAGAGCUACAGCCGCUGCAGGGCAGCUACGUGCCGCAACUGCUGGGCUAUGGCUACUGCGACGGCUGGCAGUACUUCCUGGCCACAAGUCUAGAGGGCCCGUCGCUGAACCGUGAGGACGGCUGGACUCUAGGCGAGGCGGUCACACGCGCGGGAGCCUUUGCUGCCCUGGACGCGGUGCACGCGUGCGGUGUCCUGCACGGCGACAUUGCGCUGCGGAACUUUGUACUGGCGGCCUCGCAUUCGCAGCCAGCGGGCAUGGAAGGCGGUGCUGCUGCUGGCGGGGGCGGGGGCGGGGGCGGGGUGGAAGGAGGUCGCGCUUGGCAGCAGGAGCCGUGCGUGAUGCUCCUGGACUUCGGGCACGCCAAGCUAGUAGCCACUGCGGCCGAGGAGUGUGGUGAGGAGCCCGCCGAGCUGCUCCGGCGUGAGCGGAAGGAGCUGCAGCAGUUGCUUGGGUGCGAGCCUCCGCUGCCGGCAGCUUCAGGCUGUUGGGGUGCACAGGCGGCAGCUGCCGCAGGCAGCAACGGCAGUGACAUGGACAAUCAACAAAAGCUGACACCGGGCUUGCCGGACUUAUGCGCGGCCCCAGACAGUUCGGUAGUAGCGAACCGACCCAGCAGCCUCCCAGCCGUGCACAGCAGCCAGAGGCAGCCCGUGCGCCUCCUGCCGGCACCACCCCCAUCCAGGUCAGGCGGACUGGGCGGCUGGCGCAUGCAGCUGCAGCCGUGCGUGCCGCGCAAGUUCCAAUUGCUCACCCAUCACAACGGCCGCCACGCAUCACGUGCUUCAAUACCCAGACUGCAAGGGCUUGGCAUAGGAUGCUUGCGAUGUCGGCGGCGGCUGGCUGCUGGCGGCUACGGCGGCAGCUCAGAAAUCGGGGCAGCCAUCUUGAAGUAAGCCAUGAGAAGCGGCUGUGCAUGGGUUGAGGACACGAGCAUAACACAACCAGUGUCGUGCGUUGAGGUCAUGAUGGGCCAAGGGCGCCAACAUGUGUUUCAGGCAGCUACAUGACAGCACUUUAAUGCGGGGUCUGAUGAACUGACAUAAUGAGAGGGAUGGAGCUUGUGUUUGAUAGUGAUGCUCCUUGCUUGAGUUCAAAGCGAGGCGCUUGGCCAAUCGAUGUGGUAGCGGGUGGGCUACCACCGCUUUGGGAGCCUUGCAUUGCACGCCAGUCCAGUGUAGAGGGUGUUAAACCGUGUGCUGCUGAUGCGCGCAAAUAGGGUUUUAGGCGGUAGGGAUGUUCAGGCAAUAGUUACAAUACUUGGCAGUGUUCCUGGCCAUAUGGUGCUUGCAGCUGCUCUUGCCUUUUUUUGGCGGGCGGCUGAUGGGCGGCUGCUGGCCAGGCGCCGUCUGCAUGUGUGCGCCGUGCGGCGGCAAGGCCCCGACGACAAUGUGUGUAUGUAGACAGUUAUGACUACUACCACGUAACAAACAACACUGACAGGCUUGCGUCGCAGGCCAUGGCCAUGUUGCUGCUUGCAGGCUACUACUGGACUGCUCGGAUAGAGAGGAGGCGAGGGUAGCGGCCUGCACAGGAAGAGAGGGAGAGCGAGAGAGAGCAGGAAGGAGCGGCCCAGUGAAGUAGUGUUGAGUGACCAGGAGUGACUCCGCAAUGCAGCACAUCAUCACCUGUACUCAAUCGAUUUCAGCAGGUGUAGUAGGUGUUCACGUUACAGCCUCGCUGACAAGUUCGGCCAUAGUUGAAGUAAUCCUGGCACGCCGGCACGGGUGUAAAGCACGCCUCUG